AUGGUAUUGUGGCGGUCCGCUUACGGCACGCGCGCCUGGCCGCGCGCCGGGCCCGCGCGCCCGCCACGUGACGAGAGCGGAAGCAAGAGUCCCGGCCUCUCGAUUCAAGGCACUCCAGGCCUCUGUACCGCCCCACGUCGCGUACGCCCAGCCGGGCCAUUCUUUGCCGAGUCGACGACGAAGCCAGCCAUCACGCCGCGGGCAAAGAAAAGGGGGCCACCCUGUCCCCUCGAGGCAAACGGCCAUCCGCCUCUACAUGAAGCCCAGGCGAGCAAUCACCCGUCUCUGCAGGAAGCACAAGCCAGCAGUCAUCCGCCUCCUCCGCAGGAAGUCUCAGCAGUGGAAGAGGCCCGAUCGUCCACCUACGGAUCCUCGGCCCCGGCCAACGGUCAGCCGAGGAACGCAGACCGAAGGAAGCACCUCACCACCAAGUCCGCCGGUCAGGACGCCGACGAAGCCGACGACGCCAGGGCGAACGAGGCAGCGCAGCCCCACGAAGCCGCUGACUCCCGGGCGACCAAGGGGUCCCUCCAUCCGGACCUUCCGCACGCCCAGUCGCCAGCCAGCGACGCCGUCAAGACGCCCACGACCUUCAGAGUCCCCGGGGCGCUUCGCGGACCUCCUCCGGCGACUGGCACAGGCGUCGCCGGACCGCAGCCGAUUGAGAACGGCCAUCUCAAUCCCGCUGCGACCGAUUCCACGAUUCCAGCGCAGGCCAUUUGUGCAGGACCGGACGAAGGCCCUCUUUAG